CAUCUUCAACAGCAUCAGAAAACCCACACAGGGGAGAAACCUUUUGAAUGCUCAGAGUGUGGAAAGAGAUUCAGCCGGAGUGGCAGUCUUCAUCAUCAUCAGGGAACCCACACAGGGGUAAAACCAUUUGAAUGCUCAGAGUGUGGAAAGAGAUUCGGUCACAGUGGUGAUCUUCAACGGCAUCAGAGAACCCACAAAGGGGAGAAACCUUUUGAAUGCUCAGAGUGUGGAAAGAAAUUUAGUCAGAGUGGCAAUCUUCAAGAUCAUUAUAGAAUCCACACAGGGGAUAAACCUUUUGAAUGUUCAGAUUGUGGAAAGAGAUUUAGUCAGAGUGGCCAUCUUCAACAGCAUCAGAAAACCCACACAGGGGAGAAACCUUUUGAAUGCUCAGAGUGUGGAAAGAGAUUCAGCCGGAGUGGCAGUCUUCAACAGCAUCAGAAAACCCACACAGGGGAGAAACCUUUUGAAUGCUCAGAGUGUGGAAAGAGAUUCAGCCGGAGUUGCAAUCUUCAUCGUCAUCAGGGAACCCACACAGGGGUAAAACCGUUUGAAUGCACAGAGUGUGGAAAGAGAUUCAGCUGCAGUGGCCAUCAUCAACAGCAUCAGAAAACGCACACAGGGGAGAAACCUUUUGAAUGCUUAGAGUGUGGAAAGAGAUUCAGCCGGAGUGGCAAUCUUCAUCGUCAUCAGGGAACCCACACAGGUGUAAAACCUUUUGAAUGCGCAGAGUGUGGAAAGAGAUUCAGCUGCAGUGGCCAUCAUCAACAGCAUCAGAAAACGCACACAGGGGAGAAACCUUUUGAAUGCUCAGUGUGUGGAAAGAGAUUCAGCCGGAGUGGCGAUCUUCAUUGUCAUCAGGGAAUCCACACAGGGAUAAAACCCUUUGAAUGCUCAGAGUGUGGAAAGAGAUUCAGCUGGAGUGGCAGUCUUCAUCAUCAUCAGGGAACCCACAAAGGGGUAAAACCUUUUGAAUGCUCAGAGUGUGGAAAGAGAUUCAGUCAGAGUGGUGAUCUUCAACGUCAUCAGAGAACCCACAAAGGGGAGAAACCUUUUGAAUGCUCAGAAUGUGGAAAGAGAUUUAGUCAGAGUGGCCAUCUUCAAGAGCAUCAGAGAACCCACACAGGGGAGAAACCUUUUGAAUGCUCAGAGUGUGGAAAGAGAUUCAGCCGGAGUGGCAGUCUUCAACAUCAUCAGAGAACCCAUACAGGGGAGAAGCCUUUUAAAUGCUCAGAGUGUGGACAGCGAUUCAAUCAGAGUAGCUACCUUCAACAGCAUCAGAGAACCCACACAGGGGAGAAGCCUUUUGAAUGCUCAGAGUGUGGAACGAGAUUCAUGUGGAGUGCCAGUCUUCAAACACAUCAGAGAAUCCACAAAGGGGAGAAGCCUUUUGAAUGCUUGGAGUGUGGAAAGAGAUUCGUGUGGAGCGGAAGUCUUCAAAAGCAUCAGAGAAUCCACACAGGAGAGAAACCUUUUAAAUGCUCAGAGUGUGGGAAGAGAUUCAUUCAGAGUGGCAGUCUUCAAACACAUCAGAGAACCCACACAGGGGAGAAGCCUUUUGAAUGUUCAGUGUGUGGAAAGAGAUGCAGUGAGAGUGGCAGUCUUCAAAUGCAUCAAAGAACCCACACAGGGGAGAAGCCUUUUGAAUGCUCAGAGUGUGGAAAGAGAUUCAGUCAGAGUGGCAGUCUUCAAAUGCAUCAAAGAACCCACACAGGGGAGAAGCCUUUUGAAUGCUCAGAUUGUGGAAAGAGAUUCAGUCAGAGUGGCAGUCUUCAAAAGCAUCAGAGAACCCACACAGGGGAGAAGCCUUUUGAAUGCUCAGUGUGUGGAAAGAGAUUCAGUCAGAGUGGCAGUCUUCAAACGCAUCAGAGAAUCCACACAGGGGAAAAGCCUUUUGAAUGCUCAGAGUGUGGAAAGAGAUGCAAUCGGAGUGGCGAUCUUCAAGAGCAUCAGAGAACCCACACAGGGGAGAAGCCUUUUGAAUGCUCAGAGUGUGGAAAGAGAUUUACUCAGAGUGGCAGUCUUCAAAAGCAUCAGAGAACCCACACAGGAGAGAAGCCUUUUGAAUGCUCAGUGUGUGGAAAGAGAUUCAGUCAGAGUGGCAGUCUUCAAUAUCAUCAGAAGACCCACACAGGGGAGAAGCCUUUUGAAUGCUCAGAGUGUGGAAAGAGAUUCAAUCGGAAUGGCCAUCUUGAAACGCAUCAGAGAACCCACACAGGGGAGAAGCCUUUUGAAUGCUGGGAGUGUGGAAAGAGAUUUAGCACGAGUUGGGAUCUUCAAAGGCAUCAGAGAAUCCACACAGGGGAGAAGCCUUUUGAAUGCUCAGAGUGUGGAAAGAGAUUCAUGUGGAGUGCCAGUCUUCAAACACAUCAGAGAACCCACAAAGGGGAGAAGCCUUUUGAAUGCUUGGAGUGUGGAAAGAGAUUUAGUAUGAGUGGCGAUCUUCAAAAGCAUCAGAGAACCCACAACAGGGAAAAACCUUUUGAAUGCUCAGAGUUUGGAAUGAGAUUCCUGUGGAGUGGCAGUCUUCAAAAUCAUCAGAGAACCCACACAGGGGAGAAGCCUUUUGAAUGCUCAGAGUGUGGAAAGAGAUUCAUGUGGAGUGGCAGUCUUCAAAGGCAUCAGAGAACCCACACAGGGGAGAAGCCUUUUGAAUGCUUGGAGUGUGGAAAGAGAUUUAGUGCAAGUGGCAGUCUUCAAUAUCAUCAGAGAGCCCACACAGGGGAGAAGCCUUUUGAAUGCUUGGAGUGUGGAAAGAGACUUUGUACAAGUGGCAGUCUUCAAAGUCAUCAGAGAACCCACACAGGGGAGAAGCCUUUUGAAUGCUUGGAGUGUGGAAAGAGAUUCAGUCAGAGUGGCAAUCUUCAAAGUCAUCAGAGAACCCAUACAGGGCAGAAGCCUUUUGAUGGUUCAAUGUGUGGAAAGAGAUGCAGUGAGAGUGGCAGUCUUCAAAUGCAGAGAAUCCACACAGGGGAGAAGCCUUUUGAAUGCUCAGAGUGUGGAAAGAGAUUCAUGUGGAGUGCCAGUCUUCAAACACAUCAGAGAAUCCACAAAGGGGAGAAGCCUUUUGAAUGCUUGGAGUGUGGAAAGAGAUUCGUGUGGAGUGGAAGUCUUCAGAAGCAUCAAAGAAUCCACACAGGAGAGAAGCCUUUUGAAUGCUCAGAGUGUGGGAAGAGAUUCAUUCAGAGUGGCAGUCUUCAAACACAUCAGAGAACCCACACAGGGGAGAAGCCUUUUGAAUGUUCAGUGUGUGGAAAGAGAUGCAGUGAGAGUGGCAGUCUUCAAAUGCAUCAAAGAACCCACACAGGGGAGAAGCCUUUUGAAUGUUCAGAGUGUGGAAAGAGAUUCAGUCAGAGUGGCAGUCUUCAAAUGCAUCAAAGAACCCACACAGGGGAGAAGCCUUUUGAAUGUUCAACGUGUGGAAAGAGAUUCAGUCAGAGUGGCAGUCUUCAAAAGCAUCAGAGAACCCACACAGGGGAGAAGCCUUUUGAAUGCUCAGUGUGUGGAAAGAGAUUCAGUCAGAGUGGCAGUCUUCAAACGCAUCAGAGAACCCACACAGGGGAAAAGCCUUUUGAAUGCUUGGUGUGUGGAAAGAGAUUUAGCAUGAGUGGACAUCUUCAAAGGCAUCAGAGAACCCACACAGGGGAGAAGCCUUUUGAAUUCUCAGAGUGUGGAAAGAGAUUCAUUAUGAGUGAUAAUCUUCAAGAGCACCAGAGAACCCACACAGGGGAGAAAUCUUGGGAAGGGGUUUGCUUCCAGACUGGGAAAGAGAACGGGAAGCGCUGCAGAGAAGCUGAAGCGGAGAAUAGCAGCGCAGCAGGAGCCUGGGAAACGUUACUUAAAAAUCAUAACCCUCCGAGAGAAGCCUCAGAUCAUAACCAAGUGAAUAAAAGGAAGUUUUCGCAGACAGAGGUGACCCAAGAGAAGGGGAAGGAGAUGGAAGAGCAGGACCCAGAAGGACCUGGAACGGGCAAAAGAAUGUGGGAACCAUCUGUGAAGAUGGAAGCUACAGACCCUGAGGCAGAAGGAGCUUCCUUGGAGCAAGGGCAGAGGGCGCAGCUGGUGGAGCGUGCCCAAGAUGUCCUGUCCUGUGGAACAGGCAGCGAAGAGAUGCUGUGGAGCCAUUGUCUGUUCAGAGGUGUGGAAACGGCUGCUCCCCCUCCAAUCCAGGGUCCCUUUUCCUUGGAGGAGGUGUCCGUCUCUUUCACGGAGGCAGAGUGGGCCCUGCUGGAUUCGGGACAAAGAGCUCUGUACAGGGAAGUCAUGCUGGAGAACUAUGAGAAUGUGGCCUUUCUCGAAGCCAGAAGUAUAAGAGAAACUAUUGUGGAGAAAGAGAACGGGCUUGCAUUCGAAGAAAUGUUGCAGAUUUCUUCUAGAGGAUCCCAAGAGCAUAUUUCCUUUCCAAAUGAGCUGGUUCAGACAAAGGAUGAGCAGAGGAGUGAGGAGGGUGAACAAGUUCAUCAGAAAAUGCCAGAUAAACAUGAAAACAUGAAUGAAAAUGUCAGAAAUCAAAGAAGAAUAAAGAGAAAGAAAGGUGGCUCUAUGGUUGACAAGCAUGAUGGAAUAAAGAAGAGUGUACAUUUUCCAAAGCACAGGAUAAAAAAGGCAUGCAAAUCCAUUAAGUGUGAAAAGUAUUUCCGAAAUAGAUCACAGCUUCUUGUGCACCAACGAAUAAAGAUAGAGGAGAAACCUUCUGAAUUCUCAGAGACCAGAAAUAAAUUCACUCUCAGUGGCCAAUAUCAUCAGAGAACCCACACAGGGGAGAAACCUUUGGAAUGUGCUGAGUUUGGAAAGAGAUUCAGUCGGAGUGACAGUCUUCAACAGCAUCAGAAAACCCACACAGGGAAGAAACCUUUUGAAUGCUCAGAGUGUGGAAAGAGAUUCAGCCGGAGUAGCAAUCUUCAUCGUCAUCAGGGAACCCACACAGGGGUAAAACCUUUUGAAUGCUCAGAGUGUGGAAAGAGAUUCAGUUGGAGUGGCCAUCUUCAACAGCAUCAGAAAACCCACACAGGGGAGAAGCCUUUUGAAUGCUCAGAGUGUGGAAAGAGAUUUAGUCUGAGUAACCAUCUUCAACAGCAUCAGAGAACCCACACAGGGGAGAAGCCAUUUGAAUGCUCAGAGUGUGGAAAGAGAUUCAGUCGGAGUGGCCAUCUUCAACAGCAUCAGAGAACCCACACAGGGGAGAAGCCUUUUGAAUGCUCAGAGUGUGGAAAGAGAUUCAGUCGGAGUGGCAAUCUUCAACAGCAUCAGAAAACCCACACAGGGAAGAAACCUUUUGAAUGCUCAGAGUGUGGAAAGAGAUUCAGCCGGAGUAGCAAUCUUCAUCGUCAUCAGGGAACCCACACAGGGGUAAAACCUUUUGAAUGCUCAGAGUGUGGAAAGAGAUUCAGUCGGAGUGGCAGUCUUAAGAAGCACCAGGGAACCCACAGAAGGGAGAAACAUCAUGAUGUUCAGAGGGUGGAAAGAGAUUUAGUGAGGGGGGGAAUCAUCAAAAGCAUCAGAGAACACACAGAGGGGAAAAGCUUUGAAUUAUCAUUGUCCUGCCCUAAUUCGCCACAGCCGGACUCGUCACUGGCCCCAAGGGGCGUUUUCAUGACAGAGUGAUGCCAUUCCAAUGCAUUAGGCCCCCCCCAUUGAACUUGCUAGUGAGGUAUUGUCCCAUUAGCCUCUGUUACCACAGUGGCAGCUGUCAUCCUGGAGGGCCCAAUGAGGGUAACAGGAGCAGACAAUGGGACAGGCCCCAGAAGAAGUGAGGACAGACAAAUGCAGUGGAGAAUCCAUACAGGAGAAACAUUUUAAGAGCUCAGUUAGAUUUAGUUAGAGUGGCCCUGUUCAGCUGCAUCAGAGAACCCACACAAGGGAAGAAAAUGUCUGAGUGUUCAGAUUGAGUAAAGAGAUUCAGUCAAUUGUGACCAUUUUCAAAAGCAUAUAUGAACCCAUAUAGGGGAGAAACCUUUUGAAUUUUCAGACGGUGGAAAGAGAUUCUGUUGCGGAAGCACUCUUUGAUGGCAACUGAGUACCCACACAGGGAAGACACAAUUUUAAUAUUUGUUGCAUUGAAGGAGAUUCCGUCAAAGCGGUACUCUUCUGCUGCAUCGAGGAACCCACACAAGUAGGAUCCACGUAACUGCUUAGCCUAUAGGAAGAAAUUUCCCCCCCUCACAUCUAAACAACCACAGACAAUAAAAAGUAUUGAAAAGUUGCCAACUGCUAUAAAAGGCUUGAAUUGACAGAAGAAUCCUUACCCUAAUCAGGAAGAAAUGUUAUAAAUGCUUGUCCCGUGGAAGGUACUGCACAAACAAGGAGGCUGUGUACAAAAAUUGCACUCAACGCCGAAAGGCACACAACCCACAACCAGCUGCAAAAAUCUUAAAACAAUUAAGUAAAGAACAAUUGAAUAUUUAUUACACGUGCUGACUCACUGAAACUCUCGGGUGAGGAAUGAACAAUACAUGUGGAGCGUUGGCUCCGUUCUUCGGUGUCGUCUUCCAAUGAAAAUAUAUCCAAGGCUCCUUGGGUUCCAAAAAGUCCAAAUGAAAUCCAAAUAAAGCUCAUGCUUCUUGGGCUGUU